UUCCGUCACACCAAAUAUGGGCGAGAGACCAUUGCGGUUGCACUAGGAUGUCUGUCCUAUAUCUGUCGGUUGACGCCAUCCUGAUCUGGAGCUGAACUAGCCUUCGCUUCUGUCCGCGCCCGUUGAACAGCUCGCCAGCCCGAUCUCGGAAGCUGCGCAAAGCAGAGGAGAUCAAGACCUGAACAUAGUUCCGAUAAGAUCACAGCAAGCUGAGAUGGGUUUCCUUUUACAGUCUGCAACAGCGGCCUUGGCGCUCUUCGCAGCCGCCCCGACCGUCGUGCAAGCAGCCAAGUUUUGCGACGGGCCCGUGUGCUACUCCGAGUUCGUCAGCACACAGCGCGUCGCCUACCGCGUCGCCGUGCCCGACACGGCGGCCCGGGGCACAGCCUUCGACGUGCUGAUCCAGAUCGUGGCGCCCCGCGCCGUCGGCUGGGCCGCGCUGGCCUGGGGCGGCCAGAUGACCAACAACCCGCUCACCAUCGCCUACUCCAACGGCGGGACGGGCGCCGUCGUGAGCAGCCGGCGAGCAGUCUCCCGCACCGCCCCGUCGCCCUACCCGGGGGCGAGCUACGCCGUCUUCGGCACGUCGACGACCAACGCGACGCACUGGCGCCUCGACGCGCUGUGCAGCGGCUGCAGCGCGUGGACGGGCGGGAGCGUCGACCCGGCGGGCGCGGCCGUCACCAUCGCGUGGGCGUCGAGCGCGCGCGCGCCCACCACGCCGUCGAGCAACACGAGCACCAUCGCCAUCCACGACAACAAGGCCCGUGUCGCCUUUGACCUUGCGGCGGGGCGCAUCGCGAAUUUUACGCAGCUUGUCGCCGCCAAGAGGGCGGGGGUCACUCCUGACAACUGGACCCACAAGGUGUAUUAG